CCUGUCUGUCUGAUCCGUGGUUAUCCUGUCUCAAGGGGCGUAAAAGCGUUAAUAUGUGACUGUUUAUCAUAUUUUGCUACCUUUGAGUCAGACAUGCUGCAGCACGCAGGAAAGGGUAUAUCACAAGUUUCGAAGAGGAAGGUGGAUGUCGCUCCGCGUCUUGUAGUUUCUCUACUGUCACCAGAGGAUGUGGUUCCUCCCACUGCUUCAUAAAUCCCGGUUUGUUGGGUGAUUGCUUGCAGUGAUUCAGAUGCAGUUUUGGUUAUGUGGCUUGACACUCCAAUGAUUGUCUACCAAGCCACCCUAUAAAUUUCCCAAAAUUUGAUGGUUUUCUAUAGAGGGGACAUAUUCUUCCCUCCAAAAUAACUGAGACUCAAGCGUAUAAAACACCAACAGAAAUCAGCGGCUUGUAUUACCAGUUACAAUCACCACCAUGUCCAACACGAGCCACAACCACGAUACCAAGCUAGAGCCCGCCAGCUUUAAAAGCGGCUCGAGCAGCAGCAGCGGUAGCGGCGUGCUUCACGUCUCGCGGGACUCUACCGUCGGUGGCGACGGGGGUGAGUUUGCAGUCACCGCACCCUCCGAGAUACCCAUUCCCGACGAUAGGGAGAAGCACCUGAAGAACCACCGCCCUUCACCUUCUCCAUCGAUAUCGUCGAGUUUUAUACACCAAUCCCUCUCUCACACUCCUUCUAACGCGUAUGCCACGUGGGAGGAACUCCUUGAUGGCGGAGACCUGUUCCGGGAGAUAGAGGAGCUCAAACAGAAGCUACACAGCAGACAGGCCCUGCUGAACGACCUUACGAACUACGUGAUGGUGUUUACGCAACGGCAGGCUAUGAGCGAAGCCAGGAUCGGUUAUCUCGAACAGAAGGAGGCGUACCAACAUGAGAGACUCACGAGGAUGGAGCUGUUGGUUGAUGGCUUGAUCGAGGAAAGAAGGCCGUACGGCUUGUCGAGCCGUUUGCCAGGCCGUUGCUCGUGCGGACUCAUUUCUUCUUUCGACGAAACCAGUGACCCACAUGCUUGAGGGGCGUCGCUAAUUAGCAUGAUUUGAUGGUUUAUGAGUUCCGAUGGUUGGUCGAAGCGAUCCUACUAUGCGUUACAUGACAUGGUGCAAUAGAUAUGUGGUGAAAAGCAAGAAAAAGGAUGUAUUUGUUUUCGUGUCAUUAUCAGUCAAACAGAUGCCAAACUAUGCUAGACGGCUAACACAUUUUUCAAGU